GGCUUGGACAACACACAAAGCUCCAUAACAUACAUAUACCCGUGCCAAACAGAUCACGGUAUGUCAAUUGAAUCUGCCGGGAAGCGAUUGAAAUAUUUUACUAAUUCAAUAAAAAUUAGGAAACAGCAGAAAUGGUCGAGACAUCAAUUCCCCCUCCGCCUGUCACGGCGCGUCCAAGCAAACCUGUUUCCGAGGCAUUAUUGAACGAGAAGGUACGCGGGCCUAUUCCAAUUUACAAAUAUGGAAUUGAAUACAAACUUCCAUAAUGGGGGCGUGGCUAACCAGGUGAACCUAGUGGGAUCGCUGCCUUUCCUCACUACUUAUCCGCUCAUCCCUCGGCCUUUCAUUUGGUGUCGUCUUUUCGAUUCUCCUAUUCAAGCGGAGGGCGUGGCCAGCGUUCGUGGGUUUGGGAUUUGGUGCCGGAAGAGCCUAUGAGGAGUGCAACGGAAGCUUUUUACGGACGAAUAGAGAGGGGAUCAGAACUCAGCGUCCAUAAGUGGAAGUCGAAUCAGGAGAUGUGUAGGGAGCCAUGCAUAGAUAUUGCGG